CCCCCCGUGCGCCUGGACUUAAACGAUGACCCGGAGCGCGUCCUGCACACGAGCAUUAACGCAACACAACCGACGCGGAGAUGUGGAAGGGACUCACCUGAGCGGACUAAACGUUCAGAAGAAACCCUAACUUUUAAACAAGUCUUUUUUUGGGCAGUAUUCACCCGGGGCUUUAUUAAAAUGGGUGAUCUGUGGGUGAACUACGUUUUCUUCCUGGCGUGUUGCUCCGGGUUAUGCUCGGGAAGCCCCAACAGAUGUGACGAAGUGCGGAAAGUUUUCCAACUCAGACAAAUUGGACCAAAUCAAUUAUUGCCUUUAAGCCCCAGACCUGGUCCAGACCUUCAGGUGUGCAUGUCCAAGAACCUGACCUGCUGCACCAAAAAGAUGGAGGAGAAGUACCAGGUGGCAGCACGCAGGGACAUCCAGAACCUCCUUCAGACUUCCAGCUCCGGCCUCAAGUUCCUCAUCUCGCGCAAUGUGGCUGCUUUUCACGACACCUUUGAGGUCCUGAUGAGACAGGCAGAGAAUCACACCAAUGUCGUCCUACAGGAGUCGUACCGCGACUUGGCUGACCGGGCCGUGGGCCCCGUGCAGGAACUCUUCACAGACAUCAGUCUCUUCCUGCUGGGGUCCGAUCUCAACGUUGAUGACUUAGUGCAGCGAUUCUUCGACUCUCUCUUCCCGCUGGUCUACAACCACCUCAUCAACCCGGGCCUCAGCGACAUAUCAGCAGGCUACGCUGAGUGUGUGAGGUCGUCCAGCCGGGAUGUGAGGCCGUUUGGUGGGGUGCCCAGCCUCCUGGCUGACCAGGUUGCCCGCUCUGGGGUGUCCGGGAAGCUUCUCCUUCAGGCACUGCACCUCGGCAUCGAGGUCAUCAAUACCACAGACCACUUACAGCUGAGCCGGGAGUGCAGACGGGCCCUGCUCAAGAUGCACUACUGUCCUCAUUGCCAGGGCUUAACCCAGUCCAAGCCCUGCAUGGGUUACUGCCUCAACGUGAUGCGGGGCUGUUUGGCAAGCAUGGCAGAGAUUGACGGCCACUGGAGGGAGUUUGUUCACUCGCUGGAGGGCCUGUCGGCACGGAUGCAUGGACCUCAGGAUUUGGAGCAAGUGCUUCUGGGGGUUCACACGCUGCUUCACGAUGCGGUCGAACACGCUCAGAAAAAUGGACCCCGCCUCUCAGCACAGGUGCACAAACUGUGUGGCCCACCAAGCAGGCGGGCUGCGCAGUCACUCAGCAUCCAGCACAGCAGCAGCAGCAGCAGCAGCAGCAGCAGAGCUUCCGCCCGUCUCAAAGCUCUUGGCAGAGCACCGGGGGACUCGCUCGCUGUCAGGAGGAGGGACUUUUUGAACAGCCUACGUCUCUACCGUACGUUCUACGGCGGCCUGGCGGAUCAGCUGUGUGUGAGUGAGCUGGCCUCCGGUGACGCGCUUACCUGCUGGAAUGGAACUGACAUCGUACAAAGCUACACUCUGCGUGUGGUCGGCAACGGGAUCAAGGCUCAGAGUGCCAACCCUGAAGUGAAAGUGAAGGGAGCUGACCCUGUCAUCAAUCAGAUCAUUGAUAAGCUGAAGCACAUCAAUCAGCUGUUGCAAGGGAAAUCCAUUCCUAAACUGGGGUCGCUGGACCAGAUUGAAACAGGAAGUGGAGACACAGAGGGACGUUACAGCGGCGACUGUGAUGAUGAAGAUGGCUGUGGGGGUUCAGGUGGUGGCGAAGUAAAAAGGAAAGUCUCCAGAGUCUUCAAAUUAAGUCCAGAUGUGACCGGUGAUCACAAACAUCAUCAUCACCACUAUCCACCUGCUGAUGAUUCAGAAGAGCAAGGCCGAUCCAGGAGCCGUGGUCUUGGAGGAGCCAUCUGGGUCUUGAUAUUGUCUUGUUUUCUUCAUUUGCUCCUGGCCUUGUAACAGCUGCCUUCUUGCAGCAGGAAACUUUCAAGACUUCAUUUGAAGCCUAUUUAUCCAGACAUGAAAAGGCCAGUGGAUGUAACAAGCUCCAACAUGUAAUGGAGCACCACCUCCACACAGUACAGGAUACGCUAGGAGUGAACACUAAUAACAGUGUGGACAUUACAAGACACUGUGGCUUAUGUAAGACAACAUACGAGUCAUACAUUCAUUAUUUUUACUUGGCAUCCAUAAUCCUAAUAAUGAUUUAUUUAUGACAGCCAGUCAUAUAUAUAUAUAUAUAUAUAUAUAUAUAUAUAUAUAUAUAUAUAUAUAUAUAUAUAUAUAUAUAUUAUAGAGAGAGAGAGUGCAGGAACUAAAAGAUAAUUAGAGACAUCUGCUUCUCUUCACGUGUAUUAGCUGCCAUCCUGUCCAGAGUCCAUUUAAUUGGUAUAUUUCUAGUGCAAAAUUGACCUGUAAUGCUACUGCUGAGAGACACUGUGAGGCGAUAGUUGGGUAGGUGGAAGUGGGGGCAAGUGAGAGACUACAUACUCCUUUCUUCUUUAUGAAUAGAUUAGCUUCUUCAGGAGUCUAUUAUUAUUUCAAACUCAGUCCUCCUCUGCCUUCAUGGGCCUGGAUGGGCACUGAUAGCUCCUGGAGCCACUGCCGAGGACGAAUCCAAUCGCUCCUCCUCCCGGACUGCGUUCUGCUGGUGUGCUGCUACCAGGCUGCUCAGAAAUGGAACAUCAUUUGUUUGAUUUGUUGUUUUUUUGGCUGACAUAUGCUCAGAAAAUACUUGUAGAGCUAAAGGAAUAAAACUAUUAAGAUGCUGCAGAAGCUAAAAUGACACUCUUUGAAAGCCAAUUUCACUUUUUACAUAUACAUAUAGACACUACAGAAAUAAACAAGAAAAACAUUUACGCUGCUCCUGUAAAUAGACGACAGUGUAAAUAGACGACAUUAAAGUAAAUAUUCAAUGAGGGCUCAAAACAGCCUUAACAACUCCCCGGGUACUCUGUUUGAUGAUAUAUGAUCUGAUCUGAUCAAUUCCUCACGCUGCAGUUAUUUAAAAAACAAGCAUCGACAUUGUUGUCAUUAGACUUUUUUUAACCUUUAAAGUACCAGGUUAAACUUUACUACAGUCAAGGCUGUUCGGGCACUUGAACCACUUGAGUUGCUUCAAGCUUUUUAAAACUAAAGUCUCAAAGUUUAUAAAUAAUAACUUUGAGAUUAAUUAUACUCAUUAUUUGUUACUGUGCAUUAUAUUUAAUAUCUUGUAUAUGGGGCUUUUGUGUUGGGUGAGAAUCACAGAUGACCAUACUGCCUAACAACCGUAACACAGUUGUGUAACUGAACUGCCUACAAAGCAGGAAGUGUUGGACCCAUAAGUCAGUGCUGCUGUCUUCUGAAGAAUAUGUAAGAAUAGUAUUCAGUCUUAAACUAGAUAACAAGCAGCAGGCACAGAGACACACUUACCCUGAGGCUAAAUAAGAUGUCAGGUUCUGCUGUACUUAAAUGAAAGAGUUGAAUUGUAUGUCUUCAUAUGAUUAUUAUAGCUCCAUAUUGGGACAGUUAUCCAGAGGAGGGAGGAAAGGGGCCAGAUGAUGGCGAUGUUGUUAUGAUGUGCAUUCAUAUCCAGACAGGUGUCACUCCGCAGGGACUGCAAAGUGGCAGAAUAACAUGUUUACCCUCAACUAUUGUGUUCGGAGAGUGAAUGUGUUAUUUGAAAAAUACAUUCCUGUUAUAGAUGCAGCUCUGCAGCACUUUCUUUUACAAUCGUUCUUCAAGGAUUUUGAUUAUGGAUAUGAUUUUCAUUGCUUGGGUUGUCUUUCUUUUAUCUGUUCAAACAUUGUAUUCACUAAAGUUAUUGAUGAGAUCUUGGAAUACAACAAUAUUUUAGGUCAAACGAUCAGACCGGUUGUAAACAUGUCCUUUGCCAUAAUUACUAGCGACAUUAGCUCCUUGCGUUGUUGCAUCCGAAUAUAGCUACUGAUGUUCUGCCUGCUUCUAUUUGUUGGACCUUUUUUUGUUGCUACGUUCUCAGAUCUCAGCAAUUACAAAUUCCUAACAUUUAUAGAAUUAUUAGUUUGUAAUUGAGUGUGUAAUGUAGUUUUAUAAUAAAGUAUCUGCAAUAAUCUGUAAUAUCUCAACUUGAAACCUGUGUUCCAGCAGAAUUCAAUUUUUUAGGUUGUCAUCCAUGCCUUUUACCCCCCCAACUGUAUUUUUUACUGAGAAGCACCCCUGGACUCUUUCUAAAGGAAUGCCCAAGUGUUCCCAGGCUGUUCAGAGCUCUUGUGGCUUCAACAUGAUUUAUUCUCCAGUAUAAGUUUCUGCUUUUCAUUGCGAACUGUACUCCCUACAACUGAAAUACAAAAGGCAAAACCUGGGACAAAUAAUAAGAGAAUGGUAUAUAUUUCUGUUUUGACAAUUCUUUCAUAUAUGUUAGAUUUUUUUAAAAUAAAAUAAUAUAAAAUAAAGAUGAUACAAUAUUU